AUGGAUUUCGAAGACCCCCAGCAGCUCCUCGUCGCAAACAAGAUGGCCAGGACAGCGUAUCUCGACAGCGUCCUCACCGUCUCGAUCUCGGCGACGCAGGCCGCAACGACAAAGGACCGCCCCGUCACGGGCCCCAUCUGGGUCAGCAAGUUUGCCGUGCCCAAAGCAAGGGAGAACAGCAACAACAACGACGCGCGGGACUUGGUUCUCGGUCUCGUCGACGAGGCAAACGAUGGCAACGUGCCGUACCAACGGCCGGACGCCGCCGAGGCGCUCCGUUUCGAGUGGGUGGGAGCCCGUGCAGGCGUGGACAAGAACGCGCCGGAGCCGCAGCUGGACGAGAUGGACAAGUUUAGGAGGCUCGAGGCGGAGACGACGAGUCCACUCACGGUGCUGUACAUUUUUGGAGGACUAGGCUCCUUCAACGCGCCGCCCGGAUAUCGCAGGCUGGUGGGCCAGCUCGCUCAGAAAACUGGCUCAAAGAUCUUGAUGGUCCACCAGCGUUUGGCGCCGCAGAAUCCCUUCCCCGCGGCCCUCGUCGAUGUGUUCCAGGCGUACUUGACGCUCCUGGCGGCGCCCCCCGGGUCGCCCCACGACCCCGUGCCGGCGUCCUCCAUCGUCAUCGCCGGAGACAGCUCGGGCGCCGCUCUCGCCCUGUCGCUACUCCAAGUCAUCCUCCGGCUAAACAGGCGCAACGCGGCUGCCGACUUCCACGGCCAAGAGGUCAUGAUCGAGGUUCCCGCCGGGAUAGCCCUGCUCAGCCUGCAUGGGGACCUGAGCAACUCGCUGCCGUCGCACGACAGAAACCCGCUCAACGACAUAUACCAGUUCCCCCCCGUCGAGGACCUCCCGUACCUCAGGAAGGAGUUCCCGACCUGCGCGGCGUGGCCGGCCAACCCGCCCCGCGUGAACCUCUACUGCCACCACGAAAUGUUCAUGCACCCGCUGGUCAGUCCCGCCGCGGUAGACGACUGGUCCGGGUCCUGCCCGAUGUGGAUAGCGUCGGGCGAAGAGCAGUGCGUCGACGCGGUCGCGUUCCUGGCCCAGAGGGCGCACAGCCAGGGCGUGCCGGUCACCUUUUACGAGUACCAGGGGAUGCCUCACACGUUUCCCUUGAUCUUCCGCCAGGCGCCGCAGACGCGCAAGUGCAUCGACGACUGGGCCAAGGCGAUUGUCUCGUUUGGCAAACGCGAGAAGACGCCGUCGAGCGCCUUCUUCGUGCAUGCCAAGGGCGUCAAGGCCGAGCCGAGAGAUGUUCCGAACCUGUCGCCGUUCACGCGAGACGAGGUGCUGGACACGAUGAGGAAGAAGAUUCCCCUGUACAAGGUCCCUGCCUGGCACUACAGGGAGCAGGCGUCGCUGUGA